AUGGUAGCAAUAGAAUCAACCGUAGGAGAAGUUGAGGAAGUAAUCGGUCUAGUCAAAUCUACGGGGUUGUUGAUUGCGGUCGAAAAUUUGGUUGUUGGUUACAACAAACCUUUUGUUUCCGCAUUCGCCGAGAGAUUUUACGGGGAAACAAAUACUUUCUAUCUCCUGGUUGGCGAAAUGACGAUAAAUUCAAAUGAUGCGAAGUUGAUUACCGAGCUAAGCAUAGAAGGUAAAAGCGCGAAUCACAAAAACUACGGGCAAGAGCUUGAGAGGGACAAGAUUUACGCGUUCACCAAGAAUGUGCUCCAAUGGGAUGAGGAGGCGACCAAGUCAGAGAUGCUAGUAGGUAAAGCAAAGCAGAGGAUAUUCCAUCUCGCGGGCUUGAGGUACCAAUUCAUGGGAACAAAGAAUCUUCGUGCACAGGGGAAAGAGGUGACCAAGGAACGUAUCUUCGCUUCGACCAAUGCAUAUGUCCUCUACAUCCUGGGAUCUGUUAUCUUCCACAGUGCCCGUGCGAGCACCAACUUUAUUCAACUGUUGCAACCAUUUGACAAGAUUCACGAAUACUCUUGGGGAUCUGCCAUCCUUGCACACUCGUUGAACGAAUUGAGAAAGGAUUCUAGAGAUCGAAGGAACCAAAUCGGAGGGAAUAUGGCUCAUCUGCAGGUGUAG